AUGUUCUUGCCCUGCUUGGCGGUGGACGUCGAUUGUGGCGGGACCCACACGCUGAUCUUGUCAGAGACCUCGGAGGUCUACGGCUGUGGCGGCAAUGCGAAGGGUCAACUGGGCCUUGGACCUGACCGAACGGUCCCUGAACUUUUGCUGAUGCCCGAGAGCUAUGCACCCAUCCGUGCCGAACGAUUCAGCUGUGGCUUCAGCCACUCGAUGAUCCUCCACCACGGAGAACUAUGGGUCCUCGGCCUGCAUUCCCGUCGUGUGUGGGAGCUCUCGAGGUCGCGCGUGCUGGAGCUGAGCAGUGGCGGUGAUGAAUGCCUUUGUGCCACCUAA